AUGCGGUUUGGUGUUGGGUGGCCGAAUUGGUGUUUUGAUCGCUUCAAAGGCGUUGAUUUGGAUGCCCUUCUCGACAUGUCCACCGACGACCUUGUCAAGCUCUUCAUUGCCAGAGCUCGUAGAAGGUUUCAGAGGGGUCUGAAGCAAAAGCCCAUGGCUUUGAUCAAGAAAUUGCACUAA